AUGCUCCAGGGCUCGGGCGGGCCCGAGGGGUCUGCGGCAGCGGCCGCCGCGCGCUCCCCCGCCCCCCCGGGGGCGCCCGGGCCCCGACCUCGGCAGGAGCGCGCGCCCGGGCGGCGGAGCGGCGGCCUGGAGGAGCCCGCGGCGUGGGAGGCCGACGGCCGUGAGUCCGCCGCGGGCCCGGGGGCGGGCGCGGGCGAGCCCCGAGGAGCCCCGCACUCCCGCGGGGGCGACCGAGCCGCGGCCGCCGGCUUCUUUGUGGCGUCCGGGGGACUGCUUCCUCUGGAGAGGCAGCUCCAUGAGACCGCCCGACGGAACAACAUCGGGAGGAUGAAGGAACUGAUCGAAAGGAGAGUCAACGUCAGAGCCAGAAACCACGUGGGCAGGGUGGCCCUGCACUGGGCCGCGGGCGCCGGGCACGAGCAGGCCGUGCAGCUGCUCCUGCAGCAUGAGGUUGCUGUGGACGAUGAGGAUGCGUUUGGUAUGAACGCGCUCCUCCUGUCUGCCUGGUUUGGCCACUUGCGGAUCCUCCAGAUCCUGGUCAACUCUGGGGCCAAGAUCCACUGUGAGAACAAGGACGGCUUCACCUUACUUCACUGUGCGGCACAAAAAGGCCACGUGCCGGUGCUGGCAUUCAUAAUGGAGGAUCUGGAGGAUGUGCCCCUGGAUCGUGCUGACAAGCUGGGAAGGACAGCGUUUCACCGGGCUGCUGAGCAUGGGCAGCUGGAUGCUCUGGACUUCCUUGUGGGCUCUGGCUGUGACCACAGUGUGAAAGACAAGGAGGGGAAUACAGCCCUUCACCUGGCUGCCAGCCGGGGCCAUCUGGCUGUGCUGCAGCGACUCGUGGACAUCAGGCUGGACCUGGAGGAGCAGAACACGGAGGGUCUGACUGCCCUGCACGCAGCAGCUGAAGGCGUCCACGCGGACUGUGUGCAGCUGCUCCUCGAGGCUGGGAGCAGUGUAAACGCCCUCACCCAGAAAAAACAGAGCUGCCUCCACUACGCGGCCCUUGGUGGCUCCGAGGACGUGGCCCGAGCCCUCAUCCAUGCAGGAGGCCAGACCAAUGUAGCUGAUCAUCAGGGCGCCUCUCCUAUGCACCUGGCUGUGAAGUACAACUUCCCUGCCUUGGUCCAGCUUCUCAUUGAUGCUGGCAGUGACCUGGAUGCCACCGACAAUAGGCAGCAGACGCCCCUCCACCUUGCUGCUGAGCACGCCAGGCAGGACAUAGCAGAGAUGCUCCUCAUCGCGCGGGUUAACUUAAACCUGAGAGAUAAGCAAGGGAAAACUGCCCUGGCCGUGGCCGCUCGCAGCAACCACACCAGCCUGGUGGACAUGAUCAUAAAAGCUGAUCGCCUCUACAAGCGGGAGAAGGAUCACCCCUUGCGCAGGGAGCCCUCUGGGAAGAACUUGACCUUUAAGCAGGAUCAUCGGCAGGAAAGGCAGCAGUUCCACUCUGUGCUGUGGCGACUGGCCUCCAGGGACCUGCGGCCUCAUGAAUGGAAGAAGCUCGCGUAUUGCUGGGAGUUCACUGACGCCCAUGUCCACGCCAUCGAGCAGCAGUGGACAGGCACCAAGAGCUACCAGGAGCACGGCCACCGGAUGCUGCUCAUCUGGCUGCAUGGCGUGGCCGCAGCCAGUGAGAACCCCAGCAAAGCGCUGUUUGAGGGCCUCGUGGCCAUUGACAGGAGGGACCUGGCUGAAAGCGUCAGGAAGAAAGCAAAUGCUGACCCAAGUGCCCCCAGCAGGUGCAUGGUCAUGUAACUGGAGAGGCCAGACCUCCAGAGGCAUGGGGCCUCAGAAUGGGCGCCACUGAGCAGAAGAGGACCACCAUUUAAGGGCUUAAAAAAAAAAAAUCACUGUUAACAGACCUCCAGCUGCUUGUAUUAAAGCAGGCAGUCGUGCCAGAGUAGCAGGCACUGCUUGUAAUCUCAUUUCCAGGGUUGGUCCAGGGGCCGGUUCGGGUUCUGCAGGUAACCUCUUCCCACAGGAAGGGUCCUUUACAGCUCUUGGAGCCUCACAGCAGUCCCCUGAGAUGCAAGUGGCACCUUUUUAGAGAGGACACUGAGGCUCAGGAUGGAGAAGCAGCUAAUCAGCUAUUGAGGUCAGGUGCCAAACCCUGCCUUCUUGUCUCCCCAACCUGGCAAAAGGGCUCCAACUGUCCCUUACAAAGUGGGUCGCCCUUCCCUCAUUCACUGGCUUUUAAUGAAUGCUGUGCUUAUUCCAUAGCUGUUCUGUUCCCAAGUGUAUUUGUAUACCGUGAUGGUUCUGGGAGGCACACACUUUUAUUUUUUCUCUCUUGUUUUAGAAUUUUUUAAUUUUUAUUUAAUUUUUAUUUUUAGAAUUUUUUAAUUUUAAAAUUUUAUUUUGAAAUCGUUUCAGACUUCCAAAAAACAUUGCAGAACCAGUACAGAGAAUUUCUGAAUACGCCUCACAAUACAACUUCCCCGAGUACUAAUGUCUUACAUAAUACAGCAAAAUUUUCAAAACCAGGAAGUUAACACUGAUACCAACCAUACUACUAACUCCUCUUCAGACCUUAUUCCGAUUUUGCCAGUUGAGCCAUUCAAGUCCUUUUUCUGGACCAGGAUCCAGCCCAGGAUCACACCUUGCAUUUAGUUUUCAUUCUUAGUUUUGUUUUUUUUUUAAUUUGUAUUUAUUUAUGAUAGUCACAGAGAGAGAGAGAGAGAGAGAGAGAGGCAGAGACACAGGCAGAGGGAGAAGCAGGCUCCAUGCACCGGGAGCCCGACGCGGGAUUCCAUCCCGGGUCUCCAGGAUCACGCCCUGGGCCAAAGGCAGGCGCCAAACCGCUGCGCCACCCAGGGAUCCCUCAUUCUUAGUUUUAAAUAGCCCCAUACAAAGGGUCACCUGUCCAGAGCUGCACCAUCUGACAGAACUUUCUGUGGUGACCCAGAUCUGUGCUGUCCCUGUUUACCUCUAGCCACCUGUGGCUACUGGGUACUUGAGAUGUGGCUAGUGGGACGGAGGAACCGAAUUUUUAGUUUAAUUUUUGGAAGUUUAAAUAGGCGUCUGUAGCAAGUGGCAGUCAUAUUGGGUGGCACAGCUGGUCUGGAGCUUUGCUUUGAGGUGCCAGCGAAGCACAGGUGGCUUGGCUGCACCAGGAAGAGUGGAAAAUGUGACUCUGGAUGCCUCACCAUGGUGUCACAGAUGUGGAGAAUAUCUAUGCAGGAUAGCCUGCAAGUUCUGCCUGAAAGCUUUUUUUUUUUUUUUUUUUUAGUUUUUAAAAUUUAUUUUUAUUUUUAUUCGAGAGAUCCAGAGAGAGAGAGGCAGAGACACAGGCAGACGGAGAAGCAGGCCCCAUGCAGGGAGCCCGAUGUGGGACUCUGAUCCUGGGUCUCCGGGAUCAUGCCCUGGGCGGAAGGCUGAACCACCCAGGCUGCCCCGGAAGCUCUUUCUAAUCUGAGCUCUCACGCAUGUGGCACAGCUUGCUGUGGCCACUCUAGGAGCCCACGUCUUAGGAAAAACUCCCCACAGAGUCACUCGCUGGGCCUGAGUCCUGGGAGGGAGGGAGACCAUGAAAGACAUUAGAGCUGAGAGGGGCUGCAGCCAUCACCUAUGCAUGGUGGGAGCUCACACACAGUGGUACUGUCCUCUGAAAGGCAGCUGGCAUUCUAUCUGCCAAAAUUACAAAUGCACUUGCCCUUUGACCCAGCAAUCCCACCGGGAGGUAUUUAUCCUACAGAUAAACCUGCAAACGCUAUACUAACACUAAUGCAAAGAAAUAGAGCAGAAACUAUGCUGUGCAGAGGAGUGCAUGGGAACCUGCUCAGGGUUUUUUUUUUUAAACUAUUCCUAUUAAUCUUUAAAAAAAAAAAACACUUAAAGCUUAUGAAAAGAAAAAGAGGCUUUGGAACCAACCUAUUUUACAGGCAGUAACCUGUAGGCCUGAGGCCUCAGAGUUCACAGCCAGAUUCAGACCCCCAGGGGUGGCACAGGAACCUCCAUGUCCUUCCUCUGCAUGUGCAAUGGUUUUGGGGUUUUGUUGUUUUCUUAAGUAGGCUCCACACCCAGUGUGGGGCUUGAACUCCCAGCCCCCUGGGCUUAAGAUUAAGACCUGGGCUGAGAUCAAGAGUCACUCAACUGACUGAACCACCCAGGCGCUCCUGCAUGUGCUUUGCUGAGGGGGGG